ACAUGCAAGCACAAAAGUCGCAGAGCCCUUGUCUAAGUGCUAAGUGUCUUAGUCAGGCGAAGUCUUUUCAGCAGUCAUUGCCUUCACAUCCUUAGACAGCUCGGUAUUCGAACGGAUUCAGACUUUAGAUUGCUGGCACUAAUGCCCUGCAACUUUACGACUAAUGUGUGAUACAUACUGGCCUAUCAUCCUGCAAUUAUAAUUAUCAGUUAAAACUUUCAUAUUAGAACCACUUUUAACUGAAACCAUCAUUCGUCAAAUCGUAUCACGUCAUGGAUGUGGAUCAAGAAUUUUUGAAUGAGCAUGAGGCUGAAGUGGCCAUGCUCGUCGACUCGGCCUACCCUGAAGGUGAUGAACCGCCGCAGAUUCCUCAGCAAUCGACUUCAGGCACACAAUCGAACGAGGCCGAAAUUACAGAAGAUCAGCGAGAAGAGAUGGCUGCCAGAAGGAUGAACGAGCUAACACAAAUGUACUUAACUGGCAAAUUACCUUUCUCAGUAUACUUGAAAACCCUUGAGUCAAAUGAAGAGGUUUACGACGAAGACAACAGAAGUGGAGCUGAUGAUGAGUCCAGUUAUGAUGACGAUGACAAGGAUGAAGAUUACUCUCCAUCAAAUAAAUCAAGGGUGACAAAGAAAAAGACUGUGGCCAAGAGGGAGGCUUUUUGCAGAGAGUUUGACGCGAGUCGGCGUAGGUCCAGGCCAGGCAGAAGAGACUUGCCACCGCUUCUAAGGAGUUUAAUGGGCCAGGCCAAUCUGAAGUACACCCAGGGGGAUCUGGACGUGGCUGCUAAAAUUUGUGAAGAGGUUAUUCGGCAGAUGCCCAAGUCACCUGGCCCAUACAAUCUACUUGCUCUUAUUCAAAAGGAUAAAGGUUUCCACCAAAGUGGUCAUUACUAUUCUCUCAUCGCUGCUCACUUGUCGUCAAGCUGUGGAGCAGAUGAGUGGAUGCAGCUAGCUGAAACCUCUCUUGAUUUUGACAAAAAGAACGAAGCGCUCACUUGCCUGACAAGCGCCAUUCGCAGUGAUAGACUCAACCCUGACCCAAGACUAAGGCAAAUCAAAUUGCUGAUCAAAAUGGGACAGAGCAAGGCUGUGCUCAGGGCGCGAGAGAACAUGGUCAGGGUCAUUGGCAGCAACCCUCGGUGUGCGCAACAGCACGGAAGGCUAAUUUUGCUCCAGGCCAAGAUUGCUGCGCGGGAGUAUCACCAAGAAAACAACCUGGCAAAAGCAACCUCAAUCAUGGAGGCUGCAAUCAACGCUUGCAAGGGCAGCGCCAGUGAAGACGACAUCCACCUUUUGGUUGAGCUUCACUGUGAGCAAAACGAAAAUCUCAAAGGCCUGGACAUGUUGCGAAAAGUCUAUGGAUUGGAUCUACAGCCUAAAGAGCCACCAUUCAAAGUUUGCCACUGUCCAACCAUGGAACCUGAUCUCAGGGCCAAAUUGGUUGUAUUUUUGGUGAGACUAGACGUGAGCAAAGAGCUGCUUGAGCCCAUCUUAAAGAUGUUCAUUAAAGACCCAAGAGAAGAUCACGGUGAAAGAUUCUUGGAUAUGGUGGAGGCCUUGAUGGCUAAGGGUCGAUACAAGGAAGCCAUGGUGCUUAUGAACCCUCUAGUUGAGUCAGAGGCUUACAGCACUGCUGCUGCUGUUUGGCUGACACGUGGAGAGUGUUUGCGCCACUUGAACGACCUGGAAGGUGCCAAGAAGUCCUACAUGAAUGUGAUCAAGCAUGCACCACAGCAUAUACAAGCCAGACUGACCCUGAGUUCUAUAUACUGUCAAAUGAACCUUCACAAAGAGUCGCUGGAAGUGCUCCACUCUGACGAGCCGGAGGCCAGGCUUCUCUACGAAGAGUUUCUGUUGCUAUAUCAAUCUAGCCCAGAAAAAUGCAUCAGUAUCGCCAUUAAGUUAAUGGAGCAGUAUAUCAAACCUGGAUCAGUCAAAGAGAUGUAUGAACUGGCUAUCAUUAAAAAAAAAAGAGAAGGCUUUGAUCAAGAGGUGGAGAAUGGACCAUCUUCAGAUGACUUAUUAGAUGUAGUGACCAAGGGCUGUGAUUUGUGCAUGCAGCUGAAGCGCUUCAGGGAAUUCAAACGCUUAGUGUUUGUCGCCUCGCAUGUCAAACCUUUGACACCACAUAGCAAUCUUCUGAACUUCUUAGUCGCUGUCUCGUGCAUCCGCCAUAGAGACCCUCAACUUGCUUGGGUCUACUGCAGAAACAUCCUCUUCAAUAAUGCCAGGUCUACUUACGCCUGGCAUCUCUUUGGACUCACUUGCAGGCAACUGGAUGAAACAAGGCAUACAAAAUUCGUAGCAAGACUUUAUAGCAAGGAUCCAUCUAAUUGGGCUGUCGGCAUGGCAAACCUCAACAACACUUUUCUUGCCGCUUCAUACAAAGACGCGCUGGUCGAGUUGUGCACCAGACAGAAAAUCAGUCCCGAGGCAUAUACAGCACUGAUGCUGGGCAUCACCUGGACGCACAUCAGCUGUCAGAAAUUUGUCCAGGACAAGAGUACCAUGGCUACGCAGGCUAGGGCGUAUUUCGAAGAGUAUCAACGCCUCCGCACUGAAGGUCACAAGCAAGAGGUGUUCUACAAUAUGGGAAGGGCGAUGCACCAGUUGUCAAUUUUGCACCUGGCAGUGCAUUACUACAAACUUGCUCUCAACACAAAAGCCAUGUGCCCAGAGUUUGAUUUGUCUAGGGAAUGUGCCUAUAAUUUGGCUCUAAUCUACACUUCCAGUGGAAAUUCUCCUAUGGCUCGGCGUUUGUAUCAAAAGUAUUUAGUUUUUGAAUAAA